AUGGGUUACGUAAUUAUGACGUUUUCGAGUGCGAGGAUGUCAGAAAGGAGAGCCAGAAUUAUAUAUAUAUGGAUGCAUCUCUCUGCAUAUAAAAUUAAUUUCCCUUUCGUACAGUUCCCUACUUUUUUUUCCCUCUUUCGUUUGCAAAAGAAGGCGGCCAUACUCAUUAAAAACCCCUCCCCAUUUUUCCUUUUUUUUUUGUUUCCAUAUAGGAAGAACUCUACAGCUCGAACAAUACAUCAAAUCAAUCAAGCAGUCGCUCUCGUUCUAUUGUGUGUUUCUCACCACCUUACAUAUCUCCCCUCAGUUCCCAGCCUAUAA